CCCCAGUCCUCCGUUUUCCCUUGAAUAUUCUCCUUGAUCAUUCACGCCUCUGGUUUUCGUUUGACUAUCUACUCCUCUUUUAUCCCUCUUUUGUCCAAUCCUGUUUCCUUUCCAUUGCCCCCUCACCUCCCGCCCCCACCCUCUCCAAAUGCCCUCUCUGUUCCUCAAGGUCUCCCUCGUCCUUGUCGUUUCCCUCGCACUAACAAUCCAGAUCACCCCAGAUGCUCGUGAAAACAUCCUCCCCACACCUAACGUCUCGACCAAAGAGGCCGUCGGGACCGCUGGAGCCAAAAUUAAGCUCCACGCUACCUCUGAACAAGUUUGGCGCGACCUGAUAGAUUUUGGCAAAUAUGGGGAAUGGAGUAAGAGAGUGCCGAGUGUUGAUUUCGGAGAGGAUAAGGGGAAGUUGAAGGAGGGGAUGGUGGGAGUGAUGACAGUCGUCCCCCCAAACGCGUCCCCAAACACCUUCCCCGUCGAAAUCAUCAGCAUUUCACAGUCCACUCACACGCUUGUAUGGAAGAGCCUAACGGGGCUCCCAGACUGGGUAAUUCUCUCAGAGCGCGUUCAAGAGGUUGUGGAUUUGCCGGGCCAGCCUGGGUGGAGUCAAUAUCGCACUUGGGAUACUUGGAAAGGGCCGUUUGCGUAUGUUAUGCAGUGGGUGUUUAAGAAGGGGAUAGAGGAGAAUUUAGAGGGUUAGUUGAAGGAGGAGGUAAAAGUGCAUGUGGAGAGGCAAAGGCGAGAGGGGAGGUAGGAUGGAGUUGGAAGGGAAGAGAGAGAGAGGGGAGGGAAGGAGGAAUCUUGAAAUCACAAAGGAAUUAUGGCAGUUAUCGUUGGCUAAGUGGCUUGAAG